AACGGCGAGGCCUCGCCUGGAGAGUCCCUCUCUCUCUCUCUCUCACACACACACACACACACACACCUGCUAGCGCUUCUAGCCUAGCCUAGCGUCACCUGGAGCUCGUGUCGGAAUUCAUCAUACCGGGGGACGAGUUCGGCGCGAUGCAAAUUCAUCAGCUGCAUUAAAAACCUCAAUCGCUUCAAAUACGAGAUCCACGAAGUCACCGAGCAACUUUGAGGACGGAUUUGAGCUGUAAUCUAUCUCAACAGUCUGCUACAGGGGGCUGAGGGCCACAGCUUGACUGUGGAGUUUAAAAACAUCUCAAAGAAAACAUUGGAAACAAUUAUUCCAGUGUCCCGUUUCUCAAUUUUCCUGUGACGACCGAUCACUAACCACUUACUACCCUAUUUUCUGCCCCGCUGCCCAUUCAAACGGGCCAGAACCAUGUGAAGCUUUUUUUAUGCAGCUCCUGAGUGGACUGUAAGACUAUUGCAGUAACGCCCCCAACCUCUGGGGGGUGGCAUCCUUAAAAUCUCCGUUCCACACUAAAGGCCGCAGCCCUUUUCCGUAAACCCUCACCUCGAGAGGACUCUGUCAGGGUUCGCCAUGAUGUUCCGGGACCAGGUGGGGAUUUUGACGGACUGGUUUAAGGGCUGGAAUGAAUGCGAGCAGACGGUGGCACUGUUGUCACUGCUCAAGAGGGUUUCGAGGACCCAAGCACGAUUCCUCCACAUUUGCCUGGAGCACUGGCUGGCCGACUGCACGGAGAUACACUUACUGGAGGCUGAGGCCAACAAUGCAGCCAUUGUAAGCCAGUGGCAACAGGAACCCAAAGAGAAGGUUGUGUCACUGCUGCUUUCGCAUCUCCCCCUGCUGCAGCCACGUAACAGCGAGGUCAAGUGUGAGUACAUGAAGCUGCUACAGCAGGUCCUGAGCCACACCAUCGAGAGCAGCUUGUUUGUGGAGGAGAGCCGGCAGCUGCUUUCCUAUGCCCUCAUCCACCCGGCCACCACGCUUGAUGAUCGCACCAACCUCGCUUUGUGGCUCAACCAUCUCGAGGAGCACUUGUCAGCUCGACCACCACCUGGACCGUAUCAUCACCAUCAUCAUGCCAGACAGGGCUCAGACGAAUGGACAGGUCCGACCGACUCCUUGGAGGUGGCACAUGCCUGGCAUGAUAAAUCGCCAUCCACGUGUAGCUCGCCUGCCGGCCAGAACGGGCACAUGGGCUUCCCGAGUGCAGCUGGAGUUCCCUCUCCUAUCAACAGCACAGGCCUGUCUGGUCAGGUACAACCAAGCUCAGUGACACGCUCGAUGUCUCUUGUUCCUGGCAACCAACCGGGCUGCAGCUCCGACUGGCUGGGCCAGGACGAAGUGGGCGGUCGCCAGGGUGUAACGGGGGCGGAGCAUGCACCGCUGUCUCCACAGGGCAGCGUAGCUUCUUCAGGCAGUGAACAAACGGAGGAUCAAACCAACACACGGAACACGUUCCAGGAGGACGGCAGCGGCAUGAAAGAUGUGCCAACGUGGUUAAAGAGCCUCCGUCUGCACAAGUACGCAUCCCUGUUCUCCCAGAUGAGUUAUGAGGAGAUGAUGGUCCUUACCGAACAACAUCUAGAAUCACAGAAUGUGACCAAAGGAGCCCGGCACAAGAUCGCCCUCAGCAUUCAGAAGCUGCGAGAACGACAAAGUGUCCUCAAGUCUCUUGAAAAGGAUAUCCUCGAAGGUGGGAAUGUUAGGAACGCCUUGCAGGAACUUCAGCAAAUCGUCAUCACGCCCAUCAAAGCCUACAGCCCAACCACUGCUUCCCAGAGAGAGGUGGAGCCCACCAACAAGGCAGCCAAUACCGUGGAAGAGAAAGAUGCGUCUGUAGAGGGCUUUCAGAGCCACAAUCCUUCGCCCUGUGACGGGGAGACUUCGUCCACGCCCAUCUCGGAAGGGGACAUUCCCGGGCAGUUUACGCGGGUGAUGGGGAAAGUGUGUACGCAGCUGCUGGUGUCGCGGCCAGACGAGGAGAACAUCAGUUGCUAUCUACAACUUAUCGAGAAGUGCUCAACACAUGAGGCGUUCACAGAGACGCAGAAGAAGCGGUUGGCGUCGUGGAAGCAGCAGGUGCUGAAGCUGCUUCGCCUUUUCCCACGGAAAGCCAUGCUGGACAUGCCCGUGUACAGACAGAAAGGGUGGGCGUACGGGUCAAACUCUUUGCCCACAGCAGGCUCUGUGGCUGGAGGGGUGUCUCGGCGAGGACAAAGACAGUUCCCUCUGCCCCCUCGUGGAGCGCCGCUUCCCAGUCGCAUGGGCAUCAUUACACACUCGCCACGACACACACUCGCCAACCAGCCAGCUCUCAGCACGCAGGGCAGACAGAACCUGUGGUUUGGGAAUCCCGGAGGAAGCAACAGCAUGCCGAGUCAGAGCCGGAGCUCAGUACAGAGAACACACUCCCUCCCUGUACACACGUCUCCACAAACCAUGCUCCUGUUUCAGCAACCAGGUACACACCCUUUCUUUGUUUCUGCAUGUAGACACACACACACUUUCUUCCUCUCACACUUGUCUUGGUUGCUUCUGCCAGAAUGCGCGGUUCCAGGGACUGACCUGGAGAUCAACCCCACGCUGGAGUCACUGUGCCUCAGUAUGACUGAACACGCCUUAGGAGAUGGAAUGGACAGAACGUCGACAAUAUGAAAAACGACAGCAGCCUGAAAAAUCAAGGAAAUUCACUUCACGCAUGUGCGGCCCGGAGCUCGCAAAUCCACGCAAGAAAGGAAAAAACAAAACAAAAAAACUAACCCACCACACACCAAACGAUCCACUACAAAAGAAAAGCGUCUAGAAAUCGAACUGUGUACACGUGCUCUUGAUAUUUUUCUACUUUAUUAUUACUAAGUUUAUUAUGAACCGCUCUAUGAGGUGAGGUAGCGGCGUGCGUCCGGAUCGCGUCUCGCUAGCGUCUACGCUCGUGUCCCCCUGGAGGGACGAGUGGUCUCCCGCGGGGUGAACUCGAAUGAAAGGUGAAAGGGUGCGACGGAGUGAAACUGUGUGGGGUCGUUCAAAAGGGUAGAAUGAUGUGGUGCUGCAUUUAAAGGGGCACCGGAGUUCUCAACACAAACACACACACACACAUUUUUCCAUCCACCUGCAUGUUUGGGGAAAAUCAGCGAACACUUGAAACACAAUCGACGUCACCUGAAACGUACAUCACGCGAUCGGGUUUUUCUUUUUUCCCGGCAAACGUCGAUCGUUGAGCAUUUCCUCCCUUUUCAACCAAUCACUGCCUUGUGAUGUCAUCACCGUGCGCCCCGGACUCCUCCUGACGGACCCAGUUUGACUUCCAGGCUCUAUAUAUAUAAUGUAUGUAUGUGUAUAUAUAGCGUUUCGCCAAACUGUAAAUUGUGGGUAGACAAAAGAAAUAAAACGGAUGAUUUGGUUGCAAAUUCUGUAGCUAUGAACGCAAACUACUAACAAAAUACUAAACCCGAUCGCUCGCUCGGUGGAUCUCGUGUAAAUACGGUCGACGCUUCAAUAUUUACGGAUAUUUUGCUUUAUUUAUGACUUGAGAUGAGAACAGCCUGACGGGUCAACGGCGUACGCUGAUGACAUCAGAGCCUGGCUCGAAGAAACGCCGAGAAUAAUCGUGUUCACACACUUCGUACUGACGCGCUGCAUGAAAAGCUUCUGGGCACUUUGUGAACUCCGUUGGCAGAAUUAUUAUUAUUAUUAUUAUUUUUAUUUUAUAUUCAAAGCGAAACAAACUCUUUGCAUCAUCAAUGGUUUGUUGGUGGAUUAUUUUUUCCCCGUACCAGUAAUUACUGUUGUGUGACGACGAAUCUCUGGAGGAGAAAGAAUGAAGAACACUAUCGACAUUCCACAUUGUGAUAGUUCCAGGGAGCGAGCGCGAGACAUUCGAGACGCCGCGAGACCAAUUCAACGCGAAACGGGCAAAGUGAACAAAAGGUUGUAGGAGCUCAGCGAUUGGCCGAUCUGAGUCGACUGAAGCACCGCCCCUCGUCGCCUGUGUGUGUGUGUUGGGGGGAGGGGAUAAAAAUUCCGAAAACGCAUUCGCGAUCGUUCAUUACAAAGUUCACCGUCGUAAAAAGUUUACAGUACAGGAUUUUUUAUGUUCAUCUUGCUGGCACUUGUUUUUUUUUUUCUUCUUUUUUUUCAUUUUAUAAAUAAUCACCCGAUUACUACAGACGCAACGCCAGAGAUUGUCUGACAACGACUCGCUAAAUCUCAACACAUAAAAAAAGUCUUGCUUGCAGGCAUCGACAUGUUUACAAAGCAGAGAGACACAACUGAUCUUUACGACGCAGGCGAUUACGGGCUUCUACUGUUUUUUUUUAACCACCCCCACUUAAAAAUAUAUAUAAAAUAUGA